UGCGGCGGUGAAGUCCUCGCUGACCAGCGUACAGUAGUCGUCCCUACGCGCUACAACUUUGAGUAUCCGCAGUCCGUUCAGGCUGCUGAAUAUCCAGAGAACAAACUCGACACUGUGUCACCAGUUCCAGUCUAUUGUUCCCUCUGUUAAUCCAGGUCAGACUAGACGUGUCGCACAGUACCCCCACCACCUUUCGUGAUUUUUUUUUUCUUCCCCCCCCGCAGCAAAAACAGUCUUGUGCUUUAAGGGGAGGGAAAAACAACAACAACAACAACAACACAACACUUUGGUGGACUGUUUGCCGAACAUGACGAGAACAUGUGGAAGUAGGUAUGAACCGAUUGAUGAUGAGGAUUAUCUCCGCAACUAACACAUAUGUAGCGAGGUGCCCUGGUUGCGGAUUCAGCCUGCGCGGUCAUCGAGCCCAGAGGGAGAAGUCGCGUGGAGCACAAAGAGCUUUUUAAAGCCGAGGAUACUACAAGUUCGGACCAUGCACCCCCUGUGCUGACAGAGGACCAGAGGCAGGAGAGAGACUGUUGUUUCCCAUCCAGACUUUCAUCACAACGCAAAGUUGGACAAUUCAGAGAAGUUUCCAGUCCGUCCGCAGCUGCAUCCGACCAGUUUAACGUGCUUUUUACGUUCACUGAAACUUCACUGAAACAUCCGGUUGUUUUUUUUACUGCAGUGUUUUGACCACAGUGUGAGGCUCCCUGAACCGAAGUCCACUUUAAAUGCGGACUGGUUUGCACGGACUGGUGAGUGCAUAGCCGAGCUGCCAGUGCCACUUCGUUUUUACUUCAGGACAAAACACAACCACAGAGGACAGGUUAUUUGUUCACCAUUUGGGAACAACACUAUGGAGCUGACAUACAGGAGCGUUGUGCUGCUGGGCUGCAUCAUCUUCCUUGACUGGGCUCUUCUGGCUUCUGCAGAGGAAGAGGUCCUGAUGAACACGAAGACGGAGACUUCUGAUCUCAAAUGGACCAUCUUCUCACAUGCCAAACCCGCGUGGGAGGAACUCAGCGGUUUAGAUGAGGAGAACAACAGCGUGAGGAUCUAUCAGAUCUGUCAGACUGACAGCUCAUCCAGCCAUUGGCUGCGCAGCGGCUUCAUCCAACGACGAGGCGCGUCUCAGGUGUACGUGGAGCUGCGAUUCACCAUGAUGGAGUGUUCCUCCAGGAGCACCCACCACCGCAGCUGUAAGGAGACCUUCAACCUGUACUAUUACGAGGCCGACUCCAACGAGGCCACGUCCUCUUACCCACCCUGGAUGGAGAACCCUUACAUCAAGGUGGACACAGUGGCUGCAGACUUUCUACUGAGGAAGGGUGGGGAGCGGAAAUUCAAUGUGAAGACCUUAAGAUUCGGCCCCCUAUCAAAGAGAGGCAUCUACUUGGCUUUCCAGGCUCAGGGCGCCAGCAUGGCCCUGCUGUCCGUCAGGGUGUUCUUCAAAAAGUGUCCCCCCUUGGUCAGUGCUCUUUCCACUUUCAUGGAGACAGUGCCCCGCACUCUGGUGCAAGAGGCGCAGGGUGUGUGUGUGGAGCACGCAUCCCAGCAGGGGCCUCGACCUCGGCCGCCAAAGCUCUUCUGUGGGGAGGAUGGCCAGUGGGUGGGCCAGCCGACCACCUCCUGCGCCUGCCUACCAGGAUUUGAGACCUCUGAAGGACACACUAUAUGCACAGCUUGUCCCGUUGGUCAGUUCAAGUCGGCCUCAGAGGGACAGUGCACAGGCUGUCCAGGAUUCAGCCACGCCGCCACCGGAGGAGCGUCAGUGUGUGCGUGUCGCCCUGGAUACUUACGAGCAGACUCUGACUCUCCCGAAACCCCGUGCACUAGACCUCCCUCGGCUCCGCGCAGCAUUGUCACCCAGAUCAACGACACCACGCUCAGUCUGGCGUGGAACGAACCUCUGGACAGCGGCGGCAGAAUGGACCUGAGCUACGCCAUCAGGUGCUCCGUGUGCAGGGCGCCCAAGGGGCCGUGCCUCUCCUGCGGAGACAGCGUCAGCUACCGGCCCGAGCAGCACGGCCUGCUGGGCCGCAGGGUGGAGGUGUGGGGCCUGCUCCCUCAGACCACAUACGCCUUCACAAUCCAGACACUCAACGGGGUGUCUCAGGUUAGCGGCAAAGACCCUGCCAGUGAAAAUGUCAACAUCACCACGAGCCAUGACGUGCCCUCGCUGGUGUCUGUGAUUCGGAAGAGUGACUCCACAGAGAGCAGUCUGACUCUGCACUGGUCAGUGCCCGCUCAGCCACACUACACCAUCCUGCAGUAUCAGCUCCGCUACUGUGAGAAGGAGCGACGCAGCGAGGAUCAGUGCCACUACUCAGAGAGUAACAGAAACCAGGCCGUGCUGACAGACCUCCGCAGGGCCACUCAGUACGAGGUGCAGGUUCGAGCGCGCACCAUGGCCGGUUAUGGCAGCUUCAGUCCUGCAGCCAUGUUCCACACGCUGCCUGACGGUCUCGACUCUGCCGCCCAGUUCUUAGUACCCGGCAUCCUUAUCGCUAUGGGGAUGCUGCUGCUUGUCACUUUCGUCUUAGUGGCCGUCUACUGCAUACGCCGACACAGCCGGGUAAAGGACCCAGACCUGAGCGACAAGAACAACCAGUACCUAGUUGGCCAAGGGGUCAAGGUUUAUAUUGACCCCUUCACCUAUGAGGACCCUAAUGAGGCCGUGCGAGAAUUUGCCAAGGAAAUUGAUGUUUCCUUUGUCAAGAUCGAGGAGGUUAUCGGUGCUGGAGAGUUUGGGGAGGUGUGUCGUGGGCGGCUGAAGGUCCCAGGGAAAAAAGAAAACUACGUAGCCAUUAAGACACUAAAGGGAGGCUACACUGACAAGCAGAGGCGGGACUUCCUUUCUGAAGCGUCCAUCAUGGGUCAGUUCCAGCACCCCAACAUCAUCCACCUGGAGGGCAUCAUCACAGUCAGCUGUCCAGUUAUGAUCCUCACAGAGUUUAUGGAGAAUGGAGCUCUGGACUCGUUUCUUCGGCUGAACGACAGCCAGUUCACUCCCAUCCAGCUGGUGGGGAUGCUGCGCGGCAUCGCCUCUGGCAUGAAGUACCUGGCGGAGAUGAGCUACGUCCACCGAGACCUGGCUGCCCGAAACAUCCUGAUCAACAGCAACCUUGUGUGCAAGGUGUCUGACUUCGGCUUGUCGCGCUUCCUGCAGGAGAACUCCUCAGACCCGACUUAUACCAGCUCCCUGGGAGGUAAGAUCCCAAUACGCUGGACAGCACCAGAGGCAAUAGCCUUCAGAAAGUUUACUUCCGCCUCAGAUGUGUGGAGCUAUGGCAUUGUCAUGUGGGAGGUCAUGUCUUUUGGAGAGAGACCGUAUUGGGACAUGAGCAACCAGGAUGUUAUCAAUGCCAUAGAGCAGGACUACCGGCUGCCACCGCCCCCUGACUGCCCCACCCAUCUGCACCAGCUGAUGCUGGACUGCUGGCAGAAGGACCGCUCGGCGCGCCCUCGCUUCUCAGACCUCGUCAGUGCUCUCGAUAAGCUCAUCCGCAACCCUGCAUCGCUGAAAAUAGUGGCUCAAGAAGGAGCAGGGCCGUCUUACCCCCUGCUGGACCAGCGUGCACCUUUGGACCUCUCGUCGUGUGCUUCAGUGGGGGAAUGGCUCAGGGCCAUCAAGAUGGAGCGCUACGAGGACAGCUUCUUGCAGGCCGGCUUCAACUCGGUGGACCAGCUGGCCCAGAUCACCACACAGGAUCUUCUGCACAUGGGAGUGACUUUGGCUGGACACCAGAGGAAAAUCCUUUCCAGCAUCCAGUCAAUGACCUUUCGGAACAAGAGCACUGCGACUGUGACCUUCUAGCUCACCCCGUUUUGUAACCUGGACGUGAAUGCCAGCACACCAGUGCAGCCAUGUACUUAAAGCCCUCUGGAUGCUCUCCUGGGACCCACUUUGAACGCGGACUUCAAGGGAAAUCAGCAGAAUUUACCUAUGACCAAAAAAUAACUCAAAAAAUGAACAACUUAAGAUGACUUUCCCAUAAGAGAGCUGUCCAGAGGCAGGCAUGUCCCAGACAACCACAGUGACCAUGGGACAAAGUUGCUGUUGUGCAGACUUGACUCUUUACAUUUUUUAUAGUUUGUGGUCAGUGUUUUUGUAUCUACCUGAAAUAAGGACCCAAUAAAUGUGCUAAAACAAGAGGAGAGACGGAUCAGAAUUUACAAAGUUGUUGUAUCUUGGCAUUUUGGAACUGGUUUGUUGUCCCAGUAAAAAGUCACUUCACCGAAGGAGACAACAAGAAAUGCCAGUGACAAUCCAAGGAUUUCAGUUUUUCAUAUUGUUGUAAUUAUGAAUGACAACUGCUUUCACCCGGGUGUCUUGUAUUGAAUCCAUCUGGAUUACACUACUACAUAGACAUGUUGAGACUGAACAUUUUAACAGUUGGACUUUACUUCUGUGUUUCUGAGUGAUUUCAACAUUACCUCCUCUUUACUCAGGUGUGAUGUGUAAUGCAAACUUUGGAGAGCGCUGUACUCGUUCGUCCUAAUCAGACUUCUUUCAUCUUCUUCAGUCUCUUUCUUCAUCGGCUUCACAGCAUGUGAGAAGAGAGACACAGAGACGUAUCAGCACUUUUGUCAUUUCAGAGUGAAUUGCAAUCUUCAGUAACUCCAUGUGUUAUUUUUUUCUGCUGGCAGCUCAGUUUCAUUAUGGGCUGAAGACUGACUGAACAAGGACUAAGUGGACUCCGAUACCAGAGAACACUGUAGAACUGGUUUUCUUUGUAGAAAUUUACCAUGGAAGCUAUCUGGCCUCUAACAUUGUUUUUCUCGUUAUAACAAUGCAUUUUUAAUUAUCUUAUUCUGUAUUCUCCAUCUUCCAGUGCCAUUCAGUCAUCUUUGUGGACUUCAACGCCAAUUUUAUAAAGCAGAAACCUCUUAUGAGUGAUUAUUGUCUCAUUAAAAUGUACCUCAAAGGGUUACUUUGACAUUUUGAAGUUGAGUGUAUUAUGUUCCUUCAUGCUGGUGGUGUAGUCUGCAAAUUGUUUCUGCCUUUGCCUCAAAGCUAUACAAAAUGAGUCUCCUUGAAAUUCUUAACAUUUUGCAUUGAAGACUAUGUACAGCUACAAGCUAAGCUAACAUGCUAGCCUGUAGCCAGUAGUAUCCAUUGGUUUCUGAUUGGAGUGCAAACAAUACUGUUUGAUUAGCACAGCAGCCCCCCUCACAUUAUCACAAGGGCUUGAAGAAGAAUAACAGGCUGGAGUUCAACAUGUCAAAGUAUUGCUCAAAGAUCUCUCGAAGGAUAAUACCAGUCAUUUUGGCAAGUCGUACAUCAUUUUCAGUUUAAACAGCUGCUAAAACAUACUCAAAUAACUAUGUUGAAUACGAAAUGGUAUGAUUGCUUUUUCUAAAUGUUUUUUACCUUGGUGCCAUCGAGCGCUUCCUUGGACUUAAACAUUGCAUUUAUAUCAUGUGUGAUAAUUAUACUGGGUUUAAAGUGCAAUUUACACUCAUUCAAAACCCAUUCAGAUGUGAUGAUUGACAUUAAUUGAAGUCGGAUUGAUUCACGCCAAUCUUGGGUGGUAGUAAUGGCCACACACUGACAAAGUGUGGUCGAAACAUUGUUGAUACCAUAAAAUCAUCCACUUCACUGUUAAUUAACAUAAAUAUAUGUCAUAGGCCCACAGUCAAAAAACACUGGUAUUGUCACGCAAGAGUCUGAGAGGUUCCUUUAAGGAUUAUGAGCAAUGUGGUCUUCAUAUUGAAGAUCUCAAUAAAAUCCACUUUGAAAUAAUGAAUAGAUAAAGUAUGUUUUGAUUACUGUCCUGUGUCUAGGCUAAAUCUGUAUUCAGUAUUCACAAUAAAGAUACACACCAGUGUUUCCUA